UUUCCGAAGAUACCUCUAAAACAGUAGUAAAACUAUGCGCUCAGCUCUGAAUGUAGCCGCCCGCCUCUAUCAAAAAUAGGUCCGCAAUUUUUGGCCUUUUUUGAAAAAAAUACCCCGAACUGGAAACUAUCAGUCCCAAAUUCAGGAUUUAUAGAAUUUAUUUCUGUGAUGCCUCUUGAUUAUGGCCUGUCUUAUUGUAAAAAAUCCCGUGGGAUCACAAAAUAUUAAUGAGCUCGUGCGCAGAAAUACAAGCAUUUGGUGAAAUGCAUCAUUAAGUAUGUCAUGUCUAAAGGUCAUGUCUGUGGUGCCGGUGACAGGCUGAGGGCUUGAACAAGAAGACCAGUCCGUCCCUUUUUUGUUGUAGAAAUCAACAAUAAAUGCCCCAAAAUGCAUGCAUUGAGUAUACAGCAGAGACUUACCUCGUCUAGUAUCCCACCCGCGAAUCAGUCCACUGUUGCAGCUUUAGCACAGGUUGAAAGAGAGAAGAUCUUCCAAUGGAUCAUUGAACUGGCUAGCCCAGAGACCAGAGAAAAUGCCCUACUUGAGCUGAGCAAAAAGAGAGAAAUUGUUCAAGAUUUAGCUCCUAUGCUGUGGAACUCCUUUGGAACUGUUGCAGCUCUACUGCAAGAAAUAGUCAACAUUUAUCCCUUCAUCAACCCACCGGCUCUUACAGCACACCAGUCUAACCGUGUGUGCAACGCCUUGGCCUUGCUGCAGUGUGUGGCUUCCCAUCCAGAAACAAGAUCUGCAUUUUUACAAGCUCAUAUUCCUUUGUUCCUGUAUCCAUUUCUUCACACGGUCAGCAAGACUCGACCAUUUGAGUACUUGAGACUGACCAGCCUAGGGGUCAUUGGAGCAUUGGUCAAGACUGAUGAGCCUGAAGUGAUAAAUUUCCUUCUGACGACAGAGAUCAUUCCACUGUGUUUGAGAAUCAUGGAAAGCGGCAGCGAACUCUCCAAAACCGUUGCUACAUUCAUAUUGCAGAAGAUUCUUCUUGAUGAGACGGGCCUGUCAUACAUUUGUCAAACUUACGAGAGAUUUUCGCAUGUGGCAAUGAUUCUAUGCAAAAUGGUGAUGACUUUGGCUAAGGAACCUUCAGCCAGACUUCUGAAGCACGUAGUGCGCUGCUAUCUGCGUCUCUCAGACAAUGCCAGAGCAAGAGAAGCCCUUCGCCAGUGCCUGCCAGAUCAACUCAAAGACAACACCUUUGUUCCCGUCUUGAAAGAUGACACAUCAACCAAGCGGUGGCUCGCUCAACUUAUUAAGAACCUGACGGAUACUGGGGUGCCCGACCCCCGAGGGAUACCCCUUCCACCCCAGUAGGCUCAGAGGUACCCAAACACGUUGAAUUACAUAGGAAAAAAUCCAUUAGGCCCAGGGUUGAGGCUGCGUAUGUCAAAUAGGAUGGUGUCUCAGUAGUGAUUACCUACUGGAAAGUUAUCAUGCAGAUGUUUAGGAAACCAGACUUCAUGGUCUUCAGGAAACAUGUUACCCAGGAUUGGUUGAUGGAUUAGGGGCUGAUUUUUUUACUAUUCUUAGGAUAAAGAAAUUUCUAUUAUUCUGCACAGUGUUAAUUCAUUGAGGAAAUCGAAAUCAUGGAAUGUGUACGAGGCCACAAUCCCAAUGUUUCGCAAAUGCAAGGUGAAAUUUGGAUGGAAAUCAAAAUGGUGGAAACGGAAACAGGUGAGUGUGGCUUUCACCAACCAGUAGAGGGAAUAACUUAUCCCAGUGGCCAGGAGUAGCUUUCAGUAGUUUCACUGUGUUAUCUGGACCGAUUACUCUCGUAUGGACAGUGCAGAUUUGAAAAAUCUGUGUUGCUGUCGAGAUAAUUUCUCGGCAAACAGACUCUCUAAAUUGAGAGGUUAUUGUGCUAUGUGCUUCACAUGUAAACUGUUUAUUGCCUUGAUUUUCUGGAGGGAGUUUUGACAAUUUUCAGCUGAAAGAUGACUUAAUGACAGUUUUCUAUGAAGGUGUCACCCACAUGAUCACGUGUGGGAUUAAUGUAAUCGCAUGGCUUGAAUCUAUAUGCCAUGCUUGCAGGUGUGACUACUUUUUAAUUGAAGUGCAGUUUUAGGCAGACAGGGAGUAUACGCCGUUGCCUACUUCAAAGAGGAUUUUAUAUCAUGUAUAUAGCUUGUAAAUAUCUGUGAACAACCUCUGAGACAGAGUCACGUUUUUCAAUGCAAGUUUGAAAAAUGGCAGAAAUGGUGCAGUUGCUUUUUUGUUCCACAGUGCCAAAGCUCUAUGUUCUUCAGAAAUUUUGAAGUACUAAUCAGAGGAGUUUAGAAUAAGUGACAGUUGAGGGAGGCUUAAUAAACCCCUGUAUAUGUCAGAAGACAGACUAUGAGGGGAACACUGAUGGAUGUCCACAGCAAAGUCCAUCCUUUAUUGGUAAAGAACACGUAUUAACUUUGUGUUGUUUCUAUAAUGGUGUCUUAUAAAUACUGGAAAUGCACAUGGUGCUAAAGACAACAUAUUGUCUUCACUUUCUUAAGCGUUUUCUUUUUCUUUUUUUUUUAGAUUUCCAUUUGUUUGAACUCAAAACUAGAGUAUUGCCACAGAAUUAUUGAAAACAAAAUUCAUUGACUGACAUGCACGCCAGUGUUCAUUUACAUGUACGACAAAAGCAUUAGACAACACUUGCAAGGCUUUACACUUUGAUUUUGUGUUUUCUCCAGUAAAGCUAAAACAUUUUGACCUUUUUUGUUGUACGUGUCAAUUUUACCUACAACUGUUCUUUCUUCUUAUAUUUAAUAUAUUUGUUUUUAGUAUUCUGUCUCCAGGUUUUUGUUUCAAGAAUGUCUAAUAGUAAAGAGGCAGGGUUAUUCUUAAAUAUUUUACACAAAAUGAAAAAUCCUCAUUUUAAAAGGUUUUAUACAGAGAGUUUCUCAAGGUUUGUUGGUAGAUUUUUCUCAAAUUCGUAAUUUAGAUAUUCGGGCACAAAGGUUGAAAACAAACAGUUUCUUGAAAUAUACACCAAAAUGCAAUGAAUCAAGUUUCAUAGAAAAACCUAUUGUAAAUUCUUUUUUGUUCGGUUCAGUUCAGUUCAGUUCAAAGUAAAGAAGUCAGUGUUUUGUCUUUUCCUUUAAACCUUUGUAAAUAUUUAGGUUACUGAAUAUGCCAUUAAAUACAUGUAUUGGUUUAAAAAUAAACCCAAACUUAAGUCUGUGAUUUGAGACUGGAAUAAAUAGUGGAAAAUAAA